AUGGUUCAAUUACCAGAGGAUCGCUUGGUACCUGAUGAACCGCCAUUCACUAGAGUUGGUGUGGAUUAUUUUGGCCCUUUAGAGGUGAAGUUGAAGAGAAGCCACGUCAAACGUUAUGGUGUUAUAUUCACUUGUCUUGCCAGUCGUGCUUUGCAUUUAGAAGUUGCUUCCUCUUUUACUACAGAUUCGUACAUCAGUUCCUUACGUCGUUUCAUUGCACGUAGAGGUCAAGUGAAGAAAAUCCGGUUGGACAUUUGGACCGACUUUGUUGGAGCAGAUCGUGAGUUGCGAAUUACAAUUAAAGACUGGAAUGAAUCACCGAUUCACGAAGCAAUGUUACAGAGAAACAUUGGGAAUUCAAUGCCCCAGCAGGUUCCCAUCAUGAGGUAUUUUGGAGAGAAUCAUCAGGACUGUAAGAAAAGUGAUGAACAGUGUUCUUAG